AUGGGUAAACAAUCAACUCCAGAGUUUGUAAUUCAGUGGACUAAAUUCGCAACAGGGAUUCUGUUCACGUGGCCACCAAGUUCAAAAUCAACACGACUGACAGAAAUUAUUUUCAAAAUAUGUUGGUGUAUUUCCUUUAUAUUGGCAGUAGCAAACGUUCUCCCACUGCUGAGUACGAUGUACUACCAACGGAAUAAUUUCAUGGAAUUGACUGAUUGCUUAUCGACUGUACUCUGUUUCAUGCAAGUUACGUUAAGAUUGAUUAUAGCAAAAAAUCAUUAUCAUCGCUUUCAGUAUUUAAUUGAAGAGAUGGAGACAUUCGUGAAGAAUGCAAGUCCCCACGAACGAGAAGUACUGACGACAUACGUAAAGCGAGUUUCUCCUUGUUACUUCCUAUACAAUGUUGUCACUUUAGGUGCGACUGUGAUUUAUGUGAUUGGUCCUUUCAUAACGGAUCAGCAAUUACCGAAUGCAGCUGAGUUCCCUUUUUCUGUGGAUGAACAUCCUGUUUAUGAUAUUGUUUACCUACUUGAAGCAAUAGCGGGUAUCCAGUGCAGUUGUAGUUCCGCUUUUAUUUGUCAAACGUGUCUACUACUUUGGUAUGGAACGAUUCAGCUGGACUUUCUCGCUGAAAAAAUUGAGCACGUUACUAGCUCUCAAGAACUCGCAGAGUGCAUUUCCGUGCAUCAGCAUAUAUUAUGGUGA